AUGCUCGUCGACUCCAAGUCUGCUUCAACUCCUUCCAAGCGCAACCGUUCAGCCGCCAACACCAGUGACGAAGAGAGGCCCGCCACGGAUAGAGCUCGCCGCACUCCUAGGAAGCUCCGGACUCCACCAUACUCUACCAUGCGUGCCUCCGCCUCAAAGCGCCGUCGCACUCAGGAAGUUUCAAGCUCAUCCGACGAAGUCACACCCAUCCGCAAGGCGCGUAGGGUGACUGUAGAGUCACUUGUCCCAUUUUCAGGCCAGCACGAAGCUCCCGAACACGCUUCCGAUGGAGGUUCCAUACCCAAGCAACCCAUGGACGGCCUCAAGAUCUCGCACAAGCUGUACAGUACGGAUGAGCGAAGUGACGAACAAAAGGGCGAGGCUUCUAAACUCUCCGACAAGAUGGAAGGUCUUGUCCUGGCUGACAAGCAAGACUCUGCGCACGAGGCCAACCAGACUGAUUCAAUGACCAAGACUGCACCUUCCAAAUGCGCCUCGGAGUCGCAGCCGACCAAGCGCUCCGAGCUGACUCGGUUGCCUUCCACAACCGUCUUAAGUGACACUCCCACCGCCCGGAACGAUCACGCGACAUAUGGCAUGCACCGCGUGGACCCUGCGCUCACCUACAGCGAGCGCGUGCAUAAAAUCAUCCAUCGCAACCCGGGCAAGCUCCCUUCAACUUACACCAUCAACUCGCGCGCGCCGGCGUCCAGCAACUCCACUCUCACCACGCAACACUGGAGCGCCGCCGACGGCAACGACCACGAAGCGUCGAACACCCAAAGCCGCGACAAUGACAACGUCACGUCGCCAGAGAGUCUCCCCAAACCCGCGCCAGGCGAGUCGUGCAGCCGCGCUCACUCGGCCAGACCUGGCGUGGACCCGACCUCGGCCGCCACCACCGCAGGUCCCGGCAUCGAUGCGCAGGCGGCUGGCAACAGCGAGAUCGUCACCGCAGCCCACCACGCCGACGCAGGAAACGCCAAUGGCUUCGACUUCGACCCGCGCUCCAGCAGCGACGAAACCGGUGAGCAAGACACCCGCGGAGCGAGGUCGUGGAUUCUCAGGUCAAGUAACAAUCGACAUGCCACUGUCGUAUACCAAGAGGGUGCUGACGAGGAGGGGAAUGAUGGCGAUGACGAACAAUCCUCUGAAGAAGACUAG